GGAUGGUUCAGAUCAGUUGAAACAUAUGGCGUAAAUCUCGAUCUCGUGUCUGAAAUCCAGUAAAGGUCCAGGGAAAUUGACCACACUGCUAAAACGACGUGUAAACGCGCUAUCGGCUUCAUUUCUAUUUCAGCAUGCGGGCUGGUCACGCGCACGUUGUUAUGAACAGAGCGCGUGACUCUGAGCCACGUGACCAGCGAGGAGCAAAGAGGGAUUGUGAGGCGGUGCAAAGACAAUUAUUUAUACUUUGCUAAAAAUGCUGGACUCUGACCCGGAGAGAUACAGUACGAUGUACAGGAGACUGCGAUUUCUAACAAAUAAUGACAAAGAGAUACUGUAGAUAGCUGUUUUAUUUCUGUAUUAGCGACUUAUCGGGCUUACUUCUGGAGGAGUAUUUCGGAAAUACUUAGUAACCUACUGCAUUUAACGUUUCUUGUGUGUGUUAAUUCACGAAUUUAGCUGAAAAAUGAAGAUGGCUUGGUUUGGUUAAGUCACUCAGUCAGACUUGGGUCUGUUGCUGACUGUCAGGAAGACUGAAAAGAUGAACGCAUUAGUUGCCCUUUGUCACUUCUGUGAACUCCAUGGGCCUCGGACUCUGUUUUGCACCGAGGCUGUUCAUCCACCAUCACCCUCACCUCCUCAGCCUGGAUCAAUGAUGAUGCCUGACCGAGAACCUGAAGGAGAGCGUGAUGGAGAGGGACUCACCAUGAAGGCCAACAGCUCAGACACACACAGAGCUGACAUGUGCGAUGGCUGUCGCUCCCUCCCUGCUUCCCACCCUGGCUUUGUGAGUGUGGACAGUGAGACAGGGAUUCGCUUCCUUAGUCAUCAGCACCCACGUCAGCCUCAGCUGUUCAGCGUGGUGCGGCAGGCAUGCGUGCGCAGCCUGAGCUGUGAGGUGUGUCCAGGUAGAGAAGGACCCAUCUUCUUUGGGGAUGAGCAGCAUGGCUUUGUGUUCUCGCACACGUUCUUCAUCAAAGACAGCCUGGCGCGUGGCUUCCAGCGCUGGUACAGCAUCGUUAUAGUGGCCAUGGACAGGAUCUAUCUCAUCAACUCCUGGCCUUUCCUGCUGCGCCACCUCAAAAUCACCAUCCAGAGUCUGCAGAGCACUGCACUCCAGGUGUUUGAUAGCGAGCAGGUGGUAUGCCCUCAGAGAGCUGUACGGAUUUUUUCACCAGCAGGGUUUCCUCAUCAACGCAGUGGCAAUGCAGCUCGUUCUCUAACCUCUCUUACCCAGCAUCCCAACCUGUGGGCCAGCCUGCACACUUCUUUCAGCUGGUUGUUAAAGGCGUGUGGGAGCCGACUGACUGAAAAAUUACUUGAGGGAGCACCUACUGAAGACACACUUGUCCUCAUUGAAAGACAAACAGAACAAGAAGAGGAGAUGAAUGCAGAGGGAGUUGGCAGUGUAGCUCAGGACAGCCAGUCAGACACCACACAGGACAGAGAUUUUCUGUGUGGUGAUGAUGGAAAAGAAGAAGAGACUCUUGGACCAAAAUUCAAAUCUCUGAGACAUUUACGACAGGUCCUUGGUACAGCAGAGUUCAGACAGCUGGCAUGGCAUGUGCUAAUGGGAAACCAAGUAAUAUGGAGAGGGAAGGACUGUGGUCUUAUCCAGUCUGCUUUUAAUGUGCUCAAGGCUUUGCUACCAGUGGGCUGUGUUCGUGUGAUACCUUACAGUACACAAUAUGAAGAAGCAUAUCGAUGCAAUUUCCUGGGUCUGAGCCCUGAUGUGCAAAUCCCAGCUCAUGUCACUUCCUCAGAGUUCAUGGUGUUGGUAGAGGUGCGGGAAUUGGAACAGGGCAGUGCGUAUCCUGCGUACAAUGAUGAUAUCCUUUCAGUGUACCAGUUCAGUAUCAGCAGUGCUAAUACACAACCAACAGACAAAGGACCGACGCUGUUGAAUAAGAUUGAUCUGGCACUGGCUAAUGAAAAUCUGUCUGUGGAGGUGGUGUCUCACUGCCUGCUCUGUCUAAAGGAGGAGUGGAUGAAUAAAGUGAAAGUGCUGUUUAAGUUCUCUAAGGUGGAUGGAAGAGGUAAGGAGGACACACAAAAGGUUUUAGUCCUGCUGGGGGCCAAUGGACAUGGAGAAGAGGACGUGCGUCUCCUUAAAUUCUGGAUGACAGGACUGAGCAAGACAUACAAGAGCCAUCUAAUGACCGCCGUCCGAGGAGGAGAGAGAACACUGAGUCAGUAAGUCUGGGAGAGAGAACGUGAACAUCACUCCAAAUCCAUUCUGUUAUGUAUGUGUGUGUUGGUGUGUUUUGAAGGAGUUUUUGUAUUGCAUCAUGUGUUUCAUGGGUGAAUUAAAAAUGUCUGAGGGUGAUGUAGCCACUUGCAAAACUGGUCAACUACUUGGAGAUUUUCAGCUGUCACAUUCUUACACAUUUAUAUAAUUUAUUAUUUCCUGAAAUAGGAGGGCUGCACAAUAUUUGAUUCAUUAUCAAAUCUUUGAUUUCUGCAUUGUUACUGCAAAAAUCUUUUUUUUUUUUUGCUUAAAGAGGUUCCUUUCUUUGCUGUUAGCCCAAAGGCCAAGUACAUAAUGCAACAAGCACCACCCUGCAUUAGACAGAUGUUGUAACUUGCACAUGAUGUUUAAUCUUGCUGCACGUUUUCCAGCGUAUUAACUUGAGCUCUCGUGCUGUUUACAGACGUUGAGAUGGACUACUGUAAUGAUUGUUUUCACCAUCACAGAGCUUAUAGAUACUUAUUUCUUGCUCUUGGAUUUUGAGAGAUUACGUAUUAAGUUAUUAAGGUUAUUAAAACAAGAAUCUAUUUACUUUUCCUAACUGAUGCCAUUUGAUAAACUGAGUAGUCAUUGUACCAUCUGCAUUACCUCUGUGCUGUUCAAAGCACACAAGCCUUAUUUAUUUUAUAUAUUUAUGCAGCUGGUAUAUUUCAGUUUAUGAUUUAGAAGAAAAACUACAGAUAUUAAGGUAUGCUCAUAUAUAUUCUGCAUGCAUGAAACAUUUGUUGAAAAAUGUGUGUGCUCUUUGUCAUGUAGCUGGAUUCUGAAAGUCACUUCUGUAAAACCUGUAUAUGAAGAAUCUGCACUCCAAAACUCGUUUCAAUCCAAGUAGGACAGUGGCUGUGUUUAUACAAGCGUUUUAGUGAGAGAACUUGAAUGAGUCGUUUGAUUUGCACCUUCACUGAUUUCUCUGUUAACUUGCCAUAUACUUGGAAUGUCUCUGUAUGUCAUACUUCAUAACCUGCUGUUAAUAUUUGGCUUUUACUGUAAAUAGAAAUGCUAAAUAAACAAAUUUGCUUGUAAACAA